AUGACGGGCAUCGACAGGAUUUUCGAAGACCAAAAAGCAAACAUUGCCAUAUCGCAUGACCGCUACCGACCAUUUAGUUCCAUUGACGCACUUGAUCAAACGCUUGCUGAAAAUUUACGGAAGAUGAAGUACGAUCGACUUCUGCCAAUGCAGGCGUAUGCAAUAUCUGUGAUAAUGGACGGCGCCAAGCUGGUUGUACGUGCGCCAACUGGUAGCGGGAAAACGGCUGCCUUUUUAAUUCCUGCCAUCCAAAGGGUCAUCGAUCAUCAUGAGAAGAUUACCAGGAGGACACAACUACCACUUGUUUUGAUUAUUGGUAAUACGCAGAACCUGAUGGAGCAAACAUAUAAGUUCGCGUGUUCAAUGGCUGGAUACGAACCAGAUACCAAAGUAUCGCGGACUCAAGUGCGGAUAUUAGACCUCUUUAGUGGUGGUUACGGUAUGUCUCUUAUACACAGACACAGCACAACAAUAGACCACGAAAUCGUUAUUGCUACAUGUGGCGGAGUAUUGAAAGCUACUGAUUUUGGAAAGUUGAAUUUGUCAGAACUGCAGCUUCUUAUCAUUGAUGAAGCUGACAAAAUGACCGAUUCCUCGCGUGGUGCUGGCUAUGAUGUCUCCGAAAUUUUAUCCAGGAUCCCUGAAGAGACUAGGCAAAAGCUCCAGGUGGUUGAAUUGUCCGCGACGUUUUGUGAAGAAGAGAACAAUGUGGUGCUGACGGAUUUGGAGAAAGAUCUUUUUGGUGCUGAUAUACCAGUCUUCAUUGACCUUCCUGCUCCUAAAGGUUAUGUUACACAGAGAGUAAUCGAGAAGGGCGAACGAACACCCCUGUAUGUCCAGCAGACUUUCGAUAAGGAUUUGUGCUGGUUAGUUGGAUUAAUUGAGGCGGAUUUGAAGCUUUAUGGAAUGAAAAAGGAAGGUCCUUUCAAAAAAUCGACCGUCAUUUUUGUGGAGAAGAAAAUCACUUCAAACUAUCUCGCCUUAUUUCUUCAACAGCUAGGAUAUUGUUUCGAACCAAUGAACUCGGACUACACCUAUCACAAUAAUAAAGAAACGAUCGAGAAUUUGCUGGACGGGAAAAUUCAAGGUUUAGUGGCCACCAACAAAAUUGCCCGUGGACAAGAUAUUCCAGAUGUGGAUCAUGUUAUCAUCUACGAAAUGGCAGAAUCCUUUAAUGAUUACAAGCACAGAAUUGGUCGCACUGGUCGCAUGGGUCAAGGAGGACGAGCCACCGUUAUGUUUAAUAUUCAAAAAGAUGAGGCACAUAUUGUACCUUUCGUUGACUUUUUGAAGUAUCACAAUCAGAUCAUACCGCAAUGGCUAUGGGACUUGUACUGCUCGCGUACUCAUGCGGAACAGAAUGCGUAA